ACUAAUAUCUAUCUAUCAAUCCUCAUUUUUAUGGUAGCAUUUUCGUAAAGAGAUCCCAAUAGGAAAAUGACACUCAUUAUUGCUGCUGCAUUAUCAUCAAGGAUAAGGCUUGUGCAGGUGGUGUUGGUAAUAAUAAUAUUGCUCCUUUUCCUGCACUGUGAAAGUUGUAGCUGCAGCCAGGAACAACAAGUGUGUUCUGGUUCGUGCGGGGUUCACAACAUAACACACCCUUUCCGGCUGAAGGACGAUCCGAAAGCGUGUGGUGACUCGAGGUACGGUCUAAUCUGCGAGGCCAACCAAUUGAUGUUGUAUUUGGGAAGAGGGAAAUACAGAGUACAGUCAAUUAAUUACAACAACUUCACAAUACGACUUGUGGAUGCCAAUCUUCCACACCUUCAUUACUUACCAAUAACAACAAGUUACUCUUUAGGCCUCUACAAUUUCAGUUUCAACUAUGAUGGACCAUAUCAACUGUAUCAGCAGUCUUGGUACAGUGCCUAUAACAGAUUGGUAAGUUCUAUGUUAUAUGUGAGCUGUCCGAAUGGGGUGGAUUUCUCUGGUGGUGUACAAGUUGAUGAAGACGGUGCAGCUUGCAUCAACAGUUCUUCUUCUUUGGAUGGGAAAUCUUUCUACCAUGUCAAUACCACUGACAAAACUCUGGAGAUUUUGGGGCUGGGAGAUUCGUGUCGUGUAGAGUUUAUCUAUCUUACAUCGUGGCCUGACAACGAAACCAACAUUUCAUGCACUAAGAUUCGUGACAUGCUGCUUUAUGGCUUUGAACUUUCCUGGAUGUACAGUCUUUGUAAAGAGGACGAGUAUCUCGGGUUCGAUAAUAACAACAAGCGUCAAUGUAAACAAGACAGCAUUCCUUGGAUUUUAAUUGAUAUAUUAGACAGCAUUCCUUGGAUUUUAAUUGAUAUAUUAGGCUUCGUUGCUACGAUAUGCGGUGCCAAAUGUGUUCUUGGCGCGCCAUGUUUCACUGUGUUAUUGAUAUAUAAAUGGAGACGGAGGCAUUUAUCAAUGUAUGACGGCAUUGAAGAUUUUUUACGAAGUGACAAUAACAUCAUGCCUAUAAGGUACUCUUACAAAGACAUCAAGAGUAUAACACAGAAGUUCAAGACAAAACUUGGGAAUGGAGGCUUUGGUUCUGUCUUCAAAGGAAAACUUCGAAGUGGUCGUCUUGUAGCUGUCAAGGUGUUGGACAAGGCCAAGACAAAUGGUCAAGACUUCAUCAAUGAAGUUGCCACUAUUGGUACCAUUCACCAUGUCAACGUGGUUCAGCUCAUCGGUUUUUGCGUGGAGGGAUCAAAGCGUGCUCUUAUAUAUGAAUUCAUGCCAAAUGGGUCUCUUGAAAAGUACAUCUUUUCUCACGAAGAGAGUUCUUCUUUAAAUUGUGAGAAAUUGUAUGCUAUUUCUCUUGGUGUGGCUCGUGGUAUAGAAUACCUGCAUAAUGGUUGCAACAUGAAAAUUCUGCACUUUGACAUCAAGCCACAUAACAUUCUUCUUGAUGAGAAUUUCAAUCCAAAAGUUAGUGAUUUUGGACUUGCAAGACUCUGCCCUGCAGAUAAUAGCAUUGUGUCUUUGACUGCGGCGAGAGGAACCAUAGGAUACAUGGCACCAGAGCUCUUUUACAGAAAUGUUGGCACUGUCUCCUACAAAGCUGAUGUGUAUAGCUUUGGGAUGUUACUUAUGGAGAUGGCCGGUAGAAGGAAGAACUUGAAUGCAUUGGCUGAGGAAUCUAGCUUUAGCCAAAUAUAUUUCCCUUUCUGGGUUUAUGACCAGUUAAGUGAUGGAAGGGAAAUCACAAUUGAAAAUGACACUGAUGAGGAAAUGAAGAUGGCAAAGAAAAUGAUGAUUGUGGCUUUGUGGUGUAUACAGACAAAGCCUGGCGAUCGUCCUUCAAUGGAUAAAGUGUUGGAGAUGCUUGAAGAUCAUGAGGAAUUACAAAUUCCUAAAAUGCCUUAUCUAUAUGCACAAGAUUUACCAGCAGAGGAUGCUAGAGAGGAUAGCAACUCAAGGCCAUCAUCCUCUGAUGGAGUGGAUACUAAUGACAGCACAUGAUCUGCGUCCAUUUUGUUGGCAUGCCUUACGUAGGUAUAUAUUAUAUAUGUUGAAUGCAUUUCUGACAUUUUAUGAGAAGCAUUGUAUUUUCUGAGCUAGCAGCAGCAGGUAGUUGAAUCAAGUCAUAGUUUUAAGUCUCAUUAUCAUUGUAUGGUAAAAAAUAAUGUUAAAAGAGUGCAUUUUUGUAUUUUUGUCAUUUUUGUAAGGUUAUAAACCUGUGUUUCUUUA